UUUCAGUCCGUCUAACCGCACUCUGGUGUUAGCAUAUGUUGACUUUUGUAUUAUAUUUCGGCUUCGGUGUUUGCCUCUUAAGUAGAGCAGCUUCAAAACUCCGUCUUCAUUAGAACAAGAGUUUGUGAACACUUUAGCAGCUUAUCUCGUGUGUGUUUUCCCCCGUGACCCUCCCAUGAUCCCCUGCGAAUCAAGUCCCAUCGUGUGGUAUGAAAGCUCCGUAUGAAGCGGGUUCCCUCACGUUCUUUGAUGAGCUGACAGGCGACGUAAUCCACGGGAGAUAACAGAAAGCAGCAGAGGCUGUUCCCCCCCACCAUGUCAGCAGACGCUGACCCAGACCCUCCACAGCUUGUGAACCCUCCACCUCCCGAGGUCACCAAUCCUAGCAGGCCUGGCCGCAGGACCAACCAGCUGAAAUACAUGCAGAAUGUAGUGGUCAAGUCCCUGUGGCGGCACCAGUACGCCUGGCCUUUCUACCAGCCCGUCGAUGCAGUCUCUCUUGGACUAGCAGAUUACCAUAAGAUAAUAACAUCUCCCAUGGACAUGGGAACCAUCAAGAAACGACUGGAGAACAACUACUAUUCGAGUGCGAGUGAAUGCAUGCAAGACUUCAACACCAUGUUCACCAACUGCUACAUAUAUAACAAGCCUACAGAUGACAUCGUGCUGAUGGCCCUCGCCUUGGAAAAGAUUUUCUUGCAGAAAGUUGCCGGCAUGCCUCUGACGGAAGUGGAGAUUUUACCCCACACAGCCAAAGGAAAGGGCAAAAAAAGUGGCACCCCAGAAAGCAAGAGGAGGCGUGAAAAUGCAGGCGUAUCCGUUACUCCUUCGAAAAGCGACUUUGAGGAGGAGUCGCCACAACAGGGAACCGCGCAGGGCGGCCCGGGCGAACAGCUCAAGUGCUGCAAUGACGUCCUGAAGGAACUGCUGUCUAAGAAGCAUUCAUCCUACGCCUGGCCUUUCUACAAACCUGUAGACGUCGAAGCCCUGGAGCUGCACGAUUACCACGACAUCAUCAAAUACCCCAUGGACCUCAGCACCGUUAAAAAAAAGUUAAACGGAGGAGAAUAUGAGGACACACAAGCAUUCGCUGCAGAUGUGCGGUUAAUUUUCUCCAACUGCUACAAAUACAACCCAUCCGACCAUGCCAUCGUCAGCAUGGCCAGAAAGCUGCAGGGAGUGUUCGAGCAGAGUUUUGCAAAGAUGCCAGACGAGCGCGUGGAGUCCGCUAAGAGCGCAGGUUUCAGCGGGAUCAGCGGCAACGAUUCCUCCAGUUUGGACAAAUCGCAGUCGGCAGAGGAGCGCGCAACCCAGCGUCCUGUUCGGCAACAACCGUUUAAAACUGCUCACCAACAGCUUGCUGAAGCUCCCGUGAGUAAACUAAAGAAGAAAAAAGAAAAGCAUGAGAAGAGGAACAGCAGGCAAAAUAAAGAAAGCUCCAAAUGCACUUCAAAUUCCAGCUCCAGGCAGUUGUGGAAGGGGAGCAAAAACUGGGAUUCAUGCGUCGAAUGUUUGCCGAUGACGUACGACGAGAAGCACCAACUGAGCCUCGACAUCAACCGGCUACCUGGCAUGAAGCUGGCCCGCGUGGUGCAGAUCAUUCAGACACGAGAGCCCUCGAUGGGCAGUGCCAACCCAGACGAGAUCGAGAUCGACUUCGAGAUACUGAAGCCGUCCACGCUGCGAGAGCUGGAGCAGUAUGUCAGGUCCUGUCUGUAUAAGAGGUUCAAGAAAUUUCAAAUGAAAAGCAGACAAACCGCAUCUCAUCACAACGACAGCAGCAGUUCUUCAGAUUCUGCCACCAGCAGCUCCACUGACUCCAGCUCAGAAGAGUGACUCAUGAUCGCUGCAUUGCUUUUAUUUAUUCCUUCUAUUGUGACCAAAAGAUGCUUUUUUUUCUUUUUUUUUUCCCCUCCCAAAAUUAUGGUAUACAUGCUUAUUUUUCUAUUUGUUCUAUGUGUAAUAUGUGGAAAAUUAAACCUGCCUCAUAUCGUGUUUUGUA